UGAUUAAACGUGUUAACAUUUAGUUACCAUAGACGCUUCUCUCAUUUUACUACACGGAGAACUGCCUUUGAUUCCCACAGUUCAGUAAAUGUUGUUUAAAUUAGCUAGUUUAGCUUAAGCUAACAGCCGUUAGCUCGCUCCACUGCCCGAUCACCGAGAAGUUAAUGCUGGAGCUCCGUGAAGACCCGCAGCAUGUACCCCCGCAGCGCUGCACCGAGGGGGCGGCCAGCCUACAGUAACGGCCUGUACCCACCUCCCCCUGUGACCAGAUGUUACGAUUAUAACCACCAAAGCCUCGGAGGUGUCAACAGUUUUCAUGUCCCUGAACUUCAGAGGUUGCCUCCAUAUGAAUGGAAUCCCCCACGAUCCACAUCUAAUGUCCCCCCUCCUCACACACCGACUAUGACCAAUGGGCGCAAGAGGCAGAACAUUGAGUACAGCCCUCAUAUGGUGAAGCGCCAACGCCUUGACUCCGUCUCCCACCCAUUAUUAGGCUCUCCUGUGAUUCAGGCCCCUUCUCCCCCUCGUCAUCUGGAGCAAGUGAGGGCAGAGUCCUCAAGAUCCUCCAUCACUAGUUAUGAACGCUCUUAUUCCAGUCCACAUUUUGAUAUCCAUCCUCAGGGGCCUGCUGUGCCAGAAAGCUUUAACAGCCUGCAGGCCUACGCCAAGGACAAGCUGAGUCAUCAAAUGGUGGAGCUGUUUGAAGCAUGCCAACAGCAGUCUUCAGAUUUGGAGCGCAAAGAGAGGUGCCGAGCUCGACUGCAACGAGACAUACAGGACAUCUAUGCAGUGGCACGGCUUUACCUGACUGGAUCUUCUAUGAAUGGAUUGGGUUGCCGAAGCAGUGAUGCUGAUCUGUGUCUGGUCAUCAAGGGAACUUUUCCUGUUUUCUUGUUUCAGAAAAGACCUGAUCCUAUUUUUGUCCUCUCUCACCUCCAAAGGGCUUUCAGAUCCCUCUCAUAUGUUGAGAGGACUCAGCUGAUCAGAGCCAAAGUGCCGAUCCUCAGGUUCAGAGAGAGAGGCAGUGAUCUGGAGUUUGAUCUGAACAUCAACAACACAGUGGGCAUCAGGAACACAUUCCUUCUGAGGAGUUACGCCUAUGCUGAUCUCAGGAUAAGACCCAUGAUCCUUGUCAUCAAGAAGUGGGCACGGCACAAUCAAAUCAAUGACGCCAGCAAAGGAACAUUAAGCAGCUACACACUGGUGCUGAUGGUCCUGCACUACCUUCAGACUCUUAAAGACCCUGUCCUCCCUUCUCUACAAAGGGACUACCCAGAGUGUUUCAAUCCCUUCGUGGACAUCGACAUGGUUCCAGAGGGUCCCAAACGUGUCCCUCCUUAUGUCUCCAGAAACCAGUCCUCCCUAGGAGAGCUGCUUGUGGGCUUUCUCAGAUACUAUGCCACAGAGUUCAGAUGGGAUAAACAGGUGAUUUCUGUUCGAGAGGCCAGAGCUUUGCCCAAGACCAAUUCUCAUGAGUGGACAAACAAAUACAUAUGCGUGGAAGAACCGUUUGAAAGAAAUAACGUUGCCAGGGCAGUCCAUGAGAAGAUGAAGUUCGAUGCUAUUAAAGCUGAGUUUGCUGAGUCAUAUCGGAUACUAAAGGACAGAAAGGACCUGAACUCGAUCCUCCCAGUCAGAGCCGUAAUUAAUAAGGAGUCAUCCAGGAGAUAAGGGAUUCCUCUAAUUAGGUGAGCUGACUGGCGUCUUCUACCUCAAGACAGGUUUGCCCCCAGAAACAAUGCAAGACUUUAGGGACGAGCUGAGAGAGAAGCCCUGCUGCCUCGGCACCUCACAGCCAGGAAAGCACUGGAACUGAAUGCUCUGGCUGCUUCGGUAUUGAUCACAAUCUGUGUUUCCUGUGACAGUGCUUUUGAAAAUGUUACACUCACUGUCAAACGCUUUGCUGCCUUUGUCAAAUCUGUGUAACUGAUAAUAUUCCAGUAGCCAAGAACGGAGAAGUACUGCACUGAAAGCGGAUAUUAGUGAUCAGUGUUAUUAGAGAUGCUUAUUACUGCUCCAUGGCCCUCUUUCCCAGUCCACACAGGAUUGCUGGAAGAAGUAUAUCUGUAAAAUAGGAGAUGACACAUUGAUGUGUGAAGCUACUUUAAAUGGGAGCAACAAUAUUUAGGUUCCAAAGUCUGCCACGGUUAUCUCCUCUGAUCCUGGUUUAAGUUGCAUCCUCGUUGUUGGAGCCAUUCUGCUCAGAUGACAGUUUAUCUCUGCCACAUGUAUGUGCAGUAGACCAACAUCAAAGCCUUUUUUCUAUUUUUAUAGGUCAGUAGUCACAGUAUUGUGGGUUUAAACACUACAAACGCUUUUUUCUACCGCCGCAUUAAAGGACCUCUCAUUUUUCAUUAUCACUGUCUUUAAGUUCAUCUGAAAUCAGAGUUUGUUAUUAAGUGAUAUUUAGGUUAGCGCCAUAAUUAAACUGACUGAGGAGGUCACUAGAGGGCUGCCAAGAAGCCAGACCCUGGCUAUUCGUAUUCCUUUAUUAUUGCUCCUGAUGUGCUGUAAUCUGUCUCAGUGACUGAUGUCAGGGCAUCAGUGCUGUUUUAGUCAUAUACGUGAUUUAUUUGGACAAAAACCGAUGUUAUUCAUUUACUUUUCAGUUCACUUCAUAUGUGAGUUCAAAGAGUUUAAACUUUUGAGUGUGUCUGUUUUUUUGUCUUUGGUUCAUGUUUUUCCUCUGCUUUUUUGCAUAUAUUUUGUGCAGUACUGGCUAAAUGUUUAUUUAAAAAAUAAAUCUCUAAAGAUGUA